AUGACACAUUCACCGGACGACAUCGAUCCGGACUCAGGUGUAUCGUACCGCCAUUUGAAUCACCCGGCUCACAAGUAUACACUCUCACCCAAAUUCCGAGCCAACGGAGGCGAGUUCAUCGCCCUUCUAGCCAUCAGCGCGCACAUCCUCGGCAUAAUAUACGCCAUAUUGUUCGUGCGGUCCAGCACACCCCCCGCGACCGCCUGGAUUACCGGCUACUACGGACUCCUGCACCGGCAGAAGGAUGUCGUAAUCAAUCCCUACGGCUCGUGGAGAGCCCGCCGCGGCGGCGCCGCAGCGGCGUCUCCUGAAGAUGCCAGACCCUAUGCGGACCUGCUUGACGAUGUGUCGAGGCCGGCCGUCGAAAGGUACCUCCAGAUAACUGCCCAGCGCAGACAGAGCGCCGACCGCGGCGACGGCUGUCUGGCAACGCGGUACCUGGAGGAGCGGCUGCGAAACGUGCUCAACGGCGUUAGUAACGAUGGAAUCGCGGAGAAGUUCGCCUUAGACAGGUUCCAGAGCUUCACCUACGUCAUGAGCGACGCGGAGCUGGUGGCGCAGGUGGUGAACGCGGUGAAGCGCUUCGACACACACGGGGCGGAUAUGCGCCUGUUCGGGGAGCCUGUGGCUGUGAAGGACAACAUCUCGGUGCGCGACGUGCCAUUCACCAACGGCUCGCCGCUUCUGGUCGGCUACAAGCCCUCCUACACCGCGCCUGCCGUGGAGAUGUUGCUGGAUAACGGCGCCAUAAUCAUCGGCAAGACGGCCAUGGACGAGUUUGGGGUGGGCUCGGCGACACGCGCUGCGCUCAACCCGUUCUCCACGGACCGCCUGACGGGAGGCUCGUCGGGGGGCUCCGCAAACGCAGUUGGCGGCGGAAUCAUAGAACUGGCGCUUGGAACCGACACGGGGGGAUCAGUGAUUGUGCCCGCAGGCUACUGCGGCUGCGUGGGAUACCGCCCGUCGUUCGGGCUCAUCAACAGGUUCGGCAUGAGCGAACUCGCUGCCAAGUUCGACACCAUCGGCACGUGCACGCGGAACGUUCUGGGCGCUGCGAGGCUUGCUGCUGCCAUGAUGGGGCCCGGCGCCGAAGUGACCACUAACGACCACACAGAGCACGUGCUUCGUGGCCUGGAAGAACUCAUUUCUCGCGAAGGUGCAGACGAUCGGGAAUACCCUUUGAAAGGGUUGCGCAUAGCCUCUAUGGACACUGAAACGCUGGUGCGCGACGGUUUGCUCGACGAGGACGUCGCCGCCAACAUGCGCAACGUGGAGGACGCUCUGCGAGGGCUGGGCGCCGAGGUGGUUUUGGUACCGCCGCUGCCCCUGAGGCUCGCAACCGAGUCUUACCACACCUACGUGGCGGCGCAGAUGGCGAGCAACCUGCAGCGCUUCGCCGACCUGCUCUACCACCCCGCGGGGCAUCAUAUGUCCCUGGAUGACGUGACCGAUAAGAUGAGCGCCGACACUACGAACAGGUUCCUUGCAGGCAUCUCCAUACUGCGGGGCAAACACGACGUUGAGGCUGUGCUGAAGCGGGUGAGGGAGGCCCUUGUUGCGUGGCUGGAGCAGAACGCCAUUUUCAAAGACAUCCCGCUGAUACUGUCCCCUACAAGCGCACGUCUGCCGCCGUACAGAGACCCGGCAAAGAACAAGUCGCAUGAUCUGCUAAGGGAUGACCUCUACGCGACCUUCGCACCUUUCAUAGGCGCCUGCGCAGUCUCCUUCCCGACUGGAAUGAGCGCUGACGGCAUGCCUCACAGCGCGCAGCUGGUCGGGAAGCGGUUUGGGGACGCCUUGUUGCUGGAGGUGGCUGCGACGUACGAGAAACGCGCGAGCCCAUUUAAGAGCACGCCACCCACGGCAUAG